AUGGUAAGUGGGAGGACCAAGAGCAAAAGCAAGAGCACUGAACCUGGAGCUGUAUCCGCCACUCCCAUACCUCCAGCUGCUGCCCCUAGCGAAAGAGAAGAAAAGAGGCUUCCAGGAGGUUACAAGAAAGAUUAUCCACCAGAUGUGGAGAAACUUGGAAGAUCAUCAUGGAGCCUCCUUCAUUCAAUUGCUGCUACUUACCCUGAGAACCCAAGUAGCAAGCAACAGUCAGAUCUUAAGCAGUUCCUUAAAUUAUUUGGUAACUUUUAUCCCUGUUGGUAUUGUGGCGAGGAUUUCGAGCGAUACAUGGAAAAGAAGGAACCACAAACAGAAUCUCAGGAUGUUUUUGGUAAGUGGCUCUGCGAGGCACACAAUGAUGUUAACAAGAAGUUGGGCAAGCCUCGUUUUGACUGCAACCUAUGGAAACAAAGAUGGAAAGAUGGGUGGGAUGAAUGA